AUGAUCAAGAUACUGGUGCUCCAUCCUCACCAUGGAAAGCCCGAAAGUCCCAUUGAAUGCGUUGCAACGUCGGUUUUGCUCUCCGAGAGCCCAGUGUACGAGGCGCUGUCUUAUGUCUGGGGCACUCAGAAGACGCUGACGAAUGUCUUGGUUUCUGGCGCUCCCGUCGCCGUGACCCAGAAUCUCGAAACAGCUCUUCGCAAGCUCCGCCUGCCCGACCUCGAUCGGUGCCUCUGGAUCGAUCAGCUCUGCAUUGACCAACAUGACCCAAAAGAGAAGGCUAUCCAGGUGCGACUCAUGAGGACCAUAUACUCAAAGUGCACUCGAUGCAUAGUCUGGCUUGGCGAAAUACCACACCCACUCAGCCAUGAGGACGCCGACGCCGCCAUAGAUAUCAUCCGCUACAUGGCUGCCGUCUACGAAGCCGGUACCGAAGAAGGCGUGCACUACCCUCCCACACUGCUGGCCAAACCACGCUUCAACGAAGCUGUUCAGUUUUUGAGAUUCUUUACGCGGCAGGAUAAUGCCUGGUGGACAAGAGUAUGGACGCUUCAAGAAGUGGCACUGCCCCCUUCCGUUGAUCUCCUUUGGGGCUCCAUCUGUGUGUCCUGGGACGUUAUCCUCCAGGCCAAGGACCUUGCUGUAACGAAAGGCCUGCCCGCGGCGCUUCCGCCUGUCGACGACAUGCUGCCGCUCCACUACUUUGUCACGAAUGUGGCGUGGGUCGACGGCGCGCGUCAGAGGUUGGAUGGUCCGUUCGACACGGUUCACAAGUGGCGGUGGAGGGGCGCGACAGACAAGCGAGAUAAGAUUUACGGGCUGUUGGGCCUGAUCAAUCCCGACAUACUGCCCAUUACGGAAGCGUGCAACUAUGAGGUGCCGGCUUCCGAGGUCUUUGCCGUUGCGACCCUUGAACUCAUUGUAGCUGAGCAGAGCCUUCGCCCCAUGGUUGCGUGUUCGCGCGUCGAGGCGGAAAAUGCGACGCCCGACAUUCCUCGCUGGGCGUUGGACUUGGGGAAUUUGCCCAUGUACAACACCAACUGGGGUCCCGUUCACUGCUUCCCUGUCUACAACGCUUGCGGCGGAGCGAAGGUCAGCAUCGACGAGAUGAAGUCACUGGCAGCCCGCCGGUCCAGGAUCCUGGAAAUCGGUGGAUGGUAUGUUGAUACCAUUGACCUUGUCGGUGACAAGAUUCUCAUCGAUGAGCAUAAGCACGGCCACGAGAACCCUGUCAUACGAGAAAAGGUCCGCCAAUGGAAGACCGUCGCCGAGUCGAGUUCAGCUUUUCAAGAAAGCUACUUCAAGGCGGCAGAGGGAAAGCCAAGCAAGCUUGACGAGACUUUUGCCCGUGUACUACUUGGCGACUGGGUCCGGGACCACGAUCAGACUGCCCUGAGAGAAGCAACAUUACCGGACGUGGAGGAUGCCCUGCGAUUCUGUAAUACCGGUGAACUAAGCAUGGAUAUGCGCAACACGAUCCUGCGCCUGGCAGCGAAUCAAGUCUUCUUCGUCACGAUGAAAGGCUGCAUGGGAAUGGGUCCUCUGGAUUCCCAACCUGGCGAUGAGGUGUGGGUGCUCGAGGGGGGAAAUUACCCCUUUAUCCUGAAGCCAAAGCUAGAACCGACGGACAAGGACUUUGUCGGCAGUGGCUAUGUUCAGGGCGUAAUGAAAGGCGAGCUUUUCGCCCAUGAUGAUCAGAGCGAGCUUAAGCAGCGGUUGUGUAUUUAUUGA